AUGCCUGCUCAAAGUGGACUCCUUGCGGAAUGUAAUCAACAUUUCAAAACAAAUGAUUUAUAUGAAAUAUUCACAAUUAGCCGAACAGCUACCGAAGGACAGGUGAAAAAAGCUUAUCGUCAAUUGGCAUUACGUUUUCAUCCCGAUCGUACAGAUAUUGAUCAAAAAGAAGAUGCAAAGCAAAAAUUUCAAAUUAUUGGUAAAAUUUAUGCAAUUUUAUCCGAUGAAGAAAAACGAAAAACAUAUGAUCAUACGGGUAUGGUCGAUGAUUCGUCCGUUGAUGACAUUACUGAUUGGUUUGAUUAUUGUAAAAAAAUGUUUCGAAAAGUGACAAAAAAUGAUCUUGUUGAAUUUGAGAAUAAAUACAAAGAUUCAAAUGAAGAAUUAGAAGAUUUGAAGCGAAUCUAUUUGGAAGUUGGUGGAGAUAUGGAUCAAAUAUUUGAAAGACAUUUGUUAACACGUUUAGACGAUGAACAACGUUUAAGAGAAAUGCUUGACAAAAUGAUUGAAGAAAAAGAAAUUCCAGCCUUCGAUGCAUACACGAAAGAAUCAAAAACAAAACGAGAUAAACGUCAUCGAAAAUUAACUAAAGAAGCGGUUGAAGCUGAAAAAUUAAUGAAAGAAUUGAAUAUUGGUCAAGAUGAUGCUAGUUUAACACAAGCUAUACAGAUGAGACAACAAGAACGUGAGAAAAAUCGUGAUAAUUUUUUUGAUCAAUUAUUAAAUAAAUAUGGUGGCAAUAAAAAAACAUCGAAAAAAGGUGCUACACCAAAGAAAAAUAAUAAACGAAGUAAAACAACAUCGUUAAGCGAAGAAAACGAUGAAGAUGAAGCUGUCGAAGAGGAUGACAAUGAUGAUGAGGAAUAUGAAGAUGAAAGUGACGAAGAACAACAGCAACAAGUUUCAAAGAAACGAAAACAUCCCGUGAAACGCCUCGGAGGAAAAGCGAGCACAUCAAGUGCUACACCAUCACCAAAGAUAAAAGGCAACAAUCGAAAACGAAAUUAG